GAGCGCUGCGCAGGGCUGCGGCCGCCUGUGGAAGCCGGAGGAGCCGCGCCGCUGCCGCCGCCGCCGCCUCCGGGGAGCGCCGCCGAGGCCCGCCGCCAUGUCGCGCUCGCACCGGCCGCGCGAGUACCAGUGCGGCGACCUGGUCUUCGCCAAGAUGAAGGGCUACCCGCACUGGCCCGCCCGGAUCGACGAGAUGCCGGAAUCAGCCGUGAAGUCAGCCUCCAAUAAAUACCAAGUCUUUUUCUUUGGGACUCAUGAGACAGCAUUCUUGGGCCCCAAAGACCUGUUUCCCUACGAAGAGUGCAAGGUGAAAUUUGGCAAGGCCAACAAGCGGAAGGGGUUCAGUGAAGGCCUCUGGGAAAUCGAGAACAACCCAACGGUCAAGGCCUCGGGGUACCAGCCCACACCGAAGAAAGGCUCCUCAGAGGGGGCAGAGAAAGCCCAGCAGGAGCCACAAGGCGCAAGAGAGAAGAAGGGCAGCCCCGAAGGCAGCAGCGAUGAAGAGGGCACCCUGGUGAUCGAUGAGCAAUCCAAGGAGAAGAACGAGAAGGCGGGCCGCAAGAGGAAAGCAGAGGAGGAGGAAGAGGAGGAGGGCUCCUCCCCGAAACGUGCCAAGGAAGUGGAGGAGGAGGACGAUGCGGCGGAGGAGAAGACCAGAAGCGAAGAUGCCCCUAAGGAGGCAGAGACGCAGAAGAGCUGUCUCUCUGAAGCGGGCAAGGGCCAGAACAGUGAGCCCUCGGACCUGCCAGGAGCAAAGCCAGAGGGAAAGGGGAACGCCGCCCUGGAGGAGGAGGAGGAGGAGGAGGAGGAGAUCAGAGACCACAAGGAGAGCCCGUAGCUGGCCGACCCGCUCUGCUCUUCUGGCCUGAUCUCAGCCUGCUGGGUUUCCUCGGUGCUAAGAACCAGAUUUUGUUCUCAUCGGCUUGCCGUCUCUGCAAUUUGUGGGAGGGGAGUCAAGAUCCACAUUUCUGAAAGAAAUGGUCCCACUCAGCCCAGCCGACCUGCAGGGCCCGUGUGCUUGAGUUAGAAAUUUCUAGGGGAUGGGGAGUGUGCUGAUUCGCUACUUUGAAAUAAAAGCAACUGAAUGCCUUUUUAAAAAA